AUGGCAAUAAUUGGAACGACUUAUUACAUUGUAGUGAAGACGUCUUUUAGCUAUAUUCCUGGGCACUAUCUAAGCGAAGUGCAUAGGUACGGAAGUUUUUUGGCGGUUGCUAUUGGCGUUUUUCUAUUUUUAUUGACUAGUUUUUCUGAUCCGGGAACUGUGAAGGCAGAGAAUGUUUCACAUGCUUAUCCUUAUGAAAAUCUGAUUUUAACCAAGAAAGAAUGCCCCACUUGUAAAAUUCCAAAACCCGCUAGAUCGAAGCACUGCAGCUUAUGCAAACGAUGUGUCGCCCGCUUUGAUCAUCACUGUGGAUGGAUGAAUAACUGUAUUGGGGAGAGGAAUACCCGAUACUUCAUGACUUUUCUUAUAUGGCAUUUCCUUCUUUGUGUGUAUGGGACGAUUGCUAUCGGAUUGGUUCUUGCUGGACGAGUGGAAGAAUUGCAAAUUGUGCAUACUUAUUAUGGUGUAGAUAAUUCUGUUCCCAGUUUAGCUCCAUAUAUCGCACAGUGGCUAGGAGACGCACAUAACACCCAAAUACUUCUUAUGGUGUUCUUGGCUAUAGUUUCUCUUCUAUUAGCGGGUUUCUUUGCAUAUCAUGCAAAUCUUUGUCUCACAAACACAUUUAACGAGACCUUCAAGUGGCAAGACUACGUAAUCUGGCAGAAGAAAGUGAAUGAAGCACAAGCACCAUUGAGUGUGGACACCACUGGGAUGACGGGGGAAGGAAAUCCUGAAGAGAACAAAUGUAAAUCCUUCUUCGGAAGGUUCCUUCUACAGAAGACUGAAGUUGUCGUAAGAAAAAAUAUGUACGACAAAGGGUUACUCCACAAUAUCUACGAGGUCAUCUUUCCGUUCUCGACAAGAGCAUCGUUUUCGCAGACGAAAUCGAAAUCGGGAUGAGGUUUUGUCGACUGAUAACACAUUCAUUAACAUGGAACCUCCUAUCAUCGUGUUACGCAGAAGUUCAAGAUCGAUGAUCGAGUCAAAAUCUCGAGGCUCGCAUUUGGAGCAUGGGCCACUUAUGCAGCUUCUUGAUGGCUUAAUAUUGUUGUUCUGGA